GUUCGUGAAAUGCGUGCUCGCGCCAUCGAAGCCGUCAAGCCCUGGAUACAGCUGCUGGGCGAUCGGCGGCAGUGCCCGGAAGUGAGGAAGGCCAUGGAAGUUCUCCUCAGGGAGACCCGUGAGGAGUACGAGUCCACUCUGGAAAUGAAGACAGCAAAGGCUGAGGUUGUCCAGGAGCUGCAGGACAGAGCUAGCCAGCAGGAGUGGAUGAUCCGGCAGCUGGUCGACGUUGUUGAGAUCUUGGAGGAUGCUCUCCUUUGCACGCCAAGCGUGCCGGUCGACCUGGAGCUUUUUUUCGCUGACGUUCUUGCCCAACCAGUAUCCGAGGAGCUUCGGACACGGUCCGUGUCCUGCCUUCGGGUUCUGUCGCGCUGCGGCGCAGCAGCGAGGCGCGCCUUGAACACGCUUGGCGUGGCGUGCGGCAGCGACAGCGCAGCAGAAGAGGCUGACGUGACCCUCGAAAUGCCGGACAUGGAGGGAGCUUCCAUGCCCCUCGGCAGCUUCCCGCUGCACCUAGGGCGGCCGGAAACCGAGGAGGCGCAGACAUCCCCGGGCUCCGCAACGGCUGCGGCCACGCCGACAUCUCCGUUGGAGGAAGACGAAGUCCUGGAGGAGACGGAAGGUGAAGCCGAUGAGGAUGCUGCAGCCGAGGAGGAGCCACGAAGGGGUGGCUACGUUGGUGGCACUGCAGUGGCCAGCCAGGCCGUGCCUGCGCGGACAAGCGCUGAAGCGCAAGGGCAAAGCGAAGGUCCAGGAGGUCACGAUCGAGACCCAGCUGGUACAGGGACUGCGGCGCCGACCUCCCCGCUCGACAAGGUGCCAUUUGGCGAGAAAGGGCUCAUUGUCGCCCAAUCUUUCCGCAAGGUUGCAGUUUUGUUGUCUUUUCUGGAGGUAUUUGGCGGCACUAUAAGCCGUCACUCGAACGGAAAAGGCUUGUGCCAACCGAUGUUAUGCUGGCAUGUUGGUGGGUUCCCAGCUCGCCUUGCUGCCCAUGCUUUGGCCGCCAACAGCAUUACCAAAAGAAAACAGCUGCAGCUGGCGGCAGCCUGGCCGUGGGAGAGGUGUGGACAAGAGGCCUGCAGAGAUGAAUUGCGUGCUUUGAAAAAGUACGAUUCAGCGGAGGCUGGCCCAUGCUCCUUGGGUUACUUUACGGGCUUCUUCGAUGCCGAGGGGUGUCUCUGCCACCUUGGUGGGGCUAGGCUUUCUUUGCAAGUGAAACAGAAGUUUCCCACGGUGCUUCAGUGUUUGAGAGAGUUCUUGGCGGAGAACUAUGGCUGUGUCCACCUUUAUGGCUACAAGACGCAUUCUGCAUUGUCCGUGUCACGCACAUCUAUCUGCAAAGAAGUCCUGCGAGCCAUGCUAAGCUCUGGCUUGAUAUGUAAAGCUGAACAAGCGAAACUGGCCAUAGGCCUGACACCCCAAAACUCAUUGCCAGUCCGGCUUGCGCUUGGAGAGCAAGUUGGCAACCAGAGUUUUGGGAGGAGAUUGGAUGAAGAUGGCUUGGAGAGGGCUCGUAAGAUACAAUCAGCAAUGAGUCGAGCAACCGUCUUGAAGGACCAAGGGCGUUUGAUGGAAGCUGACACCAAAUUGCAGCAGGUCCAGCUUAUGAAGGGCAAGCACAAGCUACUGAAUGCACUACGAGAAAAUGAGCAGCUGCGACAAUACAUCGGCAAUAUUCGGGCCUUGCAAAGCCACACUGACCAGCCGCUGUUUUCCGUGGGAAAACUUUGGGCGCUGUGA